GCCGCCACGCCGCAGGUAACCCCGCAGGUAACCCUGCACGGCUCCGGCAGUGCGAGAGCUUUGCGGCUAUCGGGGCCAACUCCACCUCUUCACCGAACUUCAUUCGUCCCCAGGGCCCGUGCCUGCAGAAUGAGCCGGAGUUCGAUUUCCAGGAUCUCGGAGAUGCCGUCGAUGAUUUUGUAUCUGAUGCUUCCACCUGGGUGCCCCCGCCACCGGACUGCACUGACUUCGACCUCUCCAUCGGCGAGGACAUGGCCUUUGGCACCUGUGCGGUGUGUCCGCAGGCCCCGGAAUCCCUGCAGCCGUGCUGGCGGAAUGCGGCCGAGAGACAAGGGCAGGCACUCGGAGAUGCUCUGGAGGAAAACAGCCAGCUGCAGGAGGCUCUGGCGCAGAAGCAGGAGGAGCUGGCGACGCUACGGGAGAGCAACGUGCAGCUGAAGGAGCUGGCGAACCAGGCCCGGCAGCUGGCCGCGGUGCUCGACGUGAGUGCUGCCCCCCGGCAGUGCAGGGCGCGGGGCGGCCAGGCCGCACAAAGGAUGCCGGGGCGAGGCGCUCUUUCAAAGCGCUCUGGGUUCCCAGUGAAAACUCUGGGACUCAGAAAAAGAAGAACGCAGCAGUUUCAGGGUGCAAGGAGCAGGCUGUGGCGUGAGCGGGUGUCCGGUAUCCGUGUCCGUGUUCUGCGUCUUUACAGUGUUCGUCGGAGCCCUCACAGCAGGGCGACCGCGGUGCCCUCGCCCAACACCGCGCGGCUCUCAGCCGCAUCCCUGUCACUUGGAAGCGGUGCGAAGGCGUAA